AUGAGAGUCGCUCUGGUUGUUAUGCUAUGCGCCGGAUUGGUCAGUCCACUCAACCGUUUUUUCCGCUACAAUCGUUUUGCCAGCCUUGACGAAACGAUAGAUCGGAGGGCGGAAUCUCACAGUGUUUCCGACGAGCAGCCAGAGGAAUCAAACGAGGAGACUGGCGGAGGUAGGUCGUUGUUGAUAUUAGUCUGUCGAGAAAAUAAUGAACGCCCUGUCGCAUCGAAAAUCGCAUCGUCGCCGAGCAAAUGAGUUGCGUCGCGGCACAAUUAACUUUCUUUUCGCUUCAGCGACACAGUCUAUGCAGCGACAUUGUACUCAUUAUUUUUCCAACAGACUGAUAUUAGUUUUCUUCAUAAAGUGCAUGGACAUUUGUCGCGCCCCGCACCGUGAAAAAAACCCCAUUUUGCACCGUACACUCCACCUUUUUUUGGGGUUUCCACUGUGUGGCAAGAAAAUUGCUCAGGUUACUCUUCGUAUUUUUCAGACGCGUACAACAAGUACCAUGCCUUAAAAUCUGACCUUGAACCUAUGAUUCACACUACGGCUCCACCAUUCCGCCAUGUUGCGUAUGAAAUCGGAAUCAUCAUAACCACAAAGACACCCGCCCCAGCACGGCUUCACGACAACGGUGUGGUCAUGAAAUCGGUUUCCAAAAAAGAUGUUUCUCAAUUUGUCCCGUUCGAAUGGGAGUGA